AUGUCUGGUCAAAUCGAUUCUAAUUUUGAGGAUGAUGUUGAUUUUGUGAAAUCAACUACAAAUGAAGUACAAUCUGUUAGUAAUACAGUAGAUGAAACUCAGAAUCAGAGAAAAAGAACUUCUCGUGCAUGGGAUCAUUUCACACGACAAAAAAUUGAUGGAAAAAUUAUUGCGAGUGUAAGCUGUCAGAUAUUAAGUUUUAAGUAUGUUCCGUGUCCUCACGAUGCUCCAACACUACUUGAGGCCCUAAGAUCUUAUCUUAAUGAUUGGAAAAUAGAAGACAAGAUCAGUACAGUGACUCUCGAAAACUAUAAUGCCAAUGAUGCCAUGAUUGAUAUUUUGAAAGGACAAUUUGAGCCUGGCAAUUUUAUUUUGAAGAAAAGGUUGCUACAUGUGCGUUGUUGUGCACAUAUUUUAAAUCUAAUUGUCAAAGAAGGCUUAUCUGUCAUUGGUGAUAGUGUUGACAAAAUUCGAAACAGUGUUGCUUAUUGGUCAGGCACACCAAAAAGACAUGAAAAAUUUGAAGACACUACUCGUCAACUUGGAGUACCAUACACCAAAAAAAUAUCAGUUGAUUGUGUAACGAGGUGGAAUUCAACUUUUCUUAUGCUUAGCACAGCUUUAUCGUACAAGACAGUAUUUGAACGUGCAAGGCUGCGGGAGUUGCGUUUGAGUUGUGUGUUGGGUUUUAUACCCUAA